AUGGUCAUUCACUGGGGGACCAGGUGGGGCAUCAGCCAGUUCCUUCAAGCUACAGGGCGUGCGGCGCGGGGUGCUGGGGAGAUUGGCUGGUCAUAUGCCAUCAUCCCCCUCUCUCAGCCAUUCCCAGCGCCGGCGGAUCUGGAAGAACAGUUUUUCCAUGAGUAUCUGCAGGCACAGGUCUGCCGGCGGUCCCUAAUCAAUAGGGAAUUCAAUGGUCGGGCUACCCAGGGGUGUUUGGCGCAUGAGAAGGCAUGUGACCUGUGCCAGGCCCGGCAGGGAGAGCUCCAGGCAGUUGCUACCCAGGCUAGGGCAGUCCUCAGGGAGGGUGACGGCCUUAGGCGAAAGCUGACUGCCUAUGUGGAAUUUUUCCUCAAAGGAAAUAUCUGCCUUGGGUGUGAGCUUGAUUCAUGCUAUGAUAAAUCUGCCUAUGCCCAGGAGAUUGAUUCCCACCAUUCCUACCUUCAAUGCCCAAGAGCCCAGCAUCUGAUCAUUGCAUUCAACCAGCUUCGGGAUCAGCUUCAAUUGGAAACCCAUGGUGGCUGUUUUCAUUGCCUUCUUCCCACCAGGAUCUGUCCAAACCGAUCUGGAAAUAGGGAGGAAUGCCUGUUUCCGCCAGGGCUUCUUCUUAUUUGGUUUGGCCAUCAUAUUACUACUGAUAUGGGUAAGAUUCUGUGCUCUCUCAUGAACAUAGGCACCUCUCAAUCAUCAUCAUUAGAGCUUGGGAAUCAGCUUCUCAAAGCUGAAAGGGACACAUUUGGGACUGAGGUAUUUAAGGGGGUGGUCUUAUUUUAUAAAUGGUGUCAUAGGAUGAUUA